AUGGGAGUUUCGAACAUCCCCGUAUUCCUGUUCUUCGGCGGCGUGCUCGUGAACGUCGCCGCUGUCUUGGAGUGGAUCCUGGGCAACACAUUCAUCUCGGUCGUCUUCAGCACAUUCGGCUGCUUCUGGCUCACAUACGGCGGUGUGCUUCAACCAUUUUACGGCGCAAGCUCUCACUACGCGCCUGAUCCAGUCAAUGCUCCGCAAGAAGGCGCGUCACAGCCUAUGUUUGUGAACAGCUGGGGGUAA